CAAAUUUAAAGCCUCACCCUUUCUUCCGCCGAUUUCUCUGUCCCACCCCUACACUACCAAUGCCUACGACCAUGUCUUUAGCAGUUAAGCUUCAUGUCACUUCCAGCUUCCACCUUGGAAAUUCCACUAAAACCACGAGCAUCCCAAGCUUUAAUGCUAAGUUCCGACCCGCAUCCAUUUCCCAUUUCAACCCAUUGAUAUCCACCUUGUACGAACACAGAAUGAGUAAUUCGCCCAAGUCGAAAUCAUCUUUUGUGAUCAAGAGCUCGUUGAUCGAGCCGGAUGGUGGUGCGCUGGUGGAUCUGGUGGUGCCGGGGAGUCUGAGGGCGGCCAAGACUGCUGAGGCGGAGUCAAUGCCGAAGGUGGGGCUUACCAAGAUUGAUUUGGAGUGGGUGCAUGUGCUCAGCGAGGGGUGGGCGAGUCCGUUGAGAGGGUUCAUGAGGGAAGAUGAGUAUUUGCAGAGUUUGCAUUUCAAUUUCUAUAGGAUGAAAGAUGGGACUAUCGUCAACAUGUCCCUUCCCAUUGUUUUGGCUAUUGAUGACGCGACUAAGGAGCGAAUUGGGUCAUCUUCUAAUGUGGGGUUGGUUGCAGCCAACGGAGACUUGAUUGGUAUCUUGAGAAGCAUUGAAAUUUUCAAGCAUCACAAAGAAGAAAGAAUUGCUAGAACUUGGGGAACAACUGCGCCAGGAUUGCCAUAUGCUGAGGAGGUCAUUACGCCAGCAGGGAAUUGGCUCAUUGGUGGGGAUUUGGAAGUUUUGAAGCCUAUCAAAUAUGAUGAUGGGCUUGAUCACUACAGACUUUCUCCCAAACAACUCAGGGAAGAAUUUGAUAGGCGUAAGGCGGAUGCAGUAUUUGCUUUUCAGUUAAGAAACCCUGUGCAUAAUGGACAUGCUCUAUUGAUGAAUGAUACACGGAAGCGACUUUUGGAGAUGGGUUUCAAGAAUCCAAUUCUAUUGCUGCAUCCUUUAGGAGGCUUCACAAAGGCUGAUGAUGUGCCUUUGGAUGUUAGGAUGCAACAGCAUAGCAAGGUCCUAGAGGAUGGAGUCCUAGAUCCUGAGACUACCAUUGUGUCCAUUUUCCCAUCCCCCAUGCAUUAUGCAGGGCCAACUGAGGUGCAGUGGCAUGCCAAGGCACGUAUAAAUGCCGGAGCAAAUUUCUACAUUGUAGGUCGUGAUCCUGCAGGUAUGGGUCAUCCAACAGAAAAGAGGGAUUUAUAUGAUCCUGACCAUGGAAAGAAGGUGCUGAGUAUGGCCCCAGGCUUGGAGAAGCUCAACAUUUUGCCAUUCAGGGUGGCAGCAUAUGACACAGAAGCAAAGAAGAUGGCAUUUUUUGACCCUUCACGUACCGAAGAUUUCCUCUUCAUCUCUGGAACCAAGAUGCGAACUUAUGCAAGAAAUGGUGAGAACCCUCCUGAUGGUUUCAUGUGUCCUGGAGGAUGGAAAGUCCUUGUCAAGUAUUACGAGAGCUUGCAAGCAGAGGAGGCAACACAGCAGCCAGCUGCCGUGUCUUCUUAGAUUGAGAAAAUAGUUGUGAGUUUUUCAGCAAGUCAGUUAUAGGAAAUGAAGAGACGUAUAUGGUCUUUUCAACUGAGGCAUCCAUCAACUUAGUGUCAACAUCUUCAACAGUAAAUUUUAGUGAUUCAGACUCCAUUUCCUUUCCCUUUCUCUGUGAUUCAAUAUGAUCAACCUAGAGUUUCCUGGUUUGGUCAUGUUCUGAAUGUCUGUAACACAACAAUGAUUUGUUGACAACAAAUCCUCACAACAGUCAUUUGUUGUCAAAUUGAGUUGAUGUAUGUUGAUUUUUCGUCUCACCAAGUAAAAUGAUUUAGUAAAAGCUACCUUCAUCUCAGGUUCUAAGGAACUGUAACAUGCUCAUUUUGCAGAUGGAAAGGAUCGUUAGAUUGUGAUACAUAAAGCUUCUGAGGACAACGACUUCAACCAAAGACCGUGACCCAUAUUGUGACAGAUUUAGCCACCCUGGCUGGACCCUCGCAAUAGAAUUAAUGUUGCUUCUUUUGUGUGGGGUUAUGCGUUUGAAUUCGAUUCAAUAAAAUCCAACAUUACCCUGCAAUUGUGUUGUAGACAAUCUCAGAUAUUAGCAUUAAAGCUUUCUUCUUCGGAUCAUGCACGCGAUACAUGUCUGCCAUUGUAUGAAAGGUACAUCUGUAAGUCCCUAGCAUCUUGCAUUCUCAACUUGAGCUGUACUGGGGCCAAUUAAUCCAUUUCCAAUUC